UGGACAGUUGCGCGUGGAGGGCGCCUCGCGCAGUGAUAGCGUUACGAACGGCGUGCGGGGAGCUGAGAAACCUUGCGACCCAGCUACAGAUCGGUUGGGCGGGCCACUCCUGUGAAUCAUCCGCUGACGGCGCUGGCAGCGGUCUCGUCUCUGUCGCGGCAGCCGACGGACGCAGCACCGCGUCACAGCGCAGCGCGUGCGGCCGCUCGGCGACGGCGCGGCGCGAUGGGGGGCCUCUGCGCACCGUUGCUCUGGUGGCUGGCGACGGCAACGCUGGCAGCCGCCUUCAACCUGGACACGCGGCACCCGGUGAUCUUCCAGGGCCCGGCCGCCCGGUCGGCCGCCGGCCGCGGCGACUCCUACUUCGGCUACUCAGUGGGCCUCACCAACUCAUCGGACAGCGGAGCCUGGAUCUUGGUGGGAGCGCCUCGGGCCAACUCGAGCCUCGGCCUGCACGACAUCAGCAGAACUGGCGCCCUCUACAAAUGCGGCCUGGACCGGCCCCGCUGCGAGGAGGUCAUUCUCGACACUACAGGCGACGACACGGUACGCCAGCCGGAGAGCAGCUACCGAGACUACAAGGAGGGCGGCUGGGUCGGCGCCGCCAUGGACGCCUAUCCCAUGCCUGGAGGCAAGGUGGCGGUCUGCGGCCACAGGUGGGCCAACCAGAUUCUGAACAACAACCGCUACCCCAACGGCGUCUGCUACUGGACGGAAAGCGACGUGGCGGACUACGAAGCCAACAAGGUUCUGCCUUUGGUCCGCACCAAUCGGCAGAUACUACCGGAGAAGGGCAAGGAGAGCUUCCUGUACGCGUACGGCCAAGCCGGGAUAUCCGUCCAUUUCACAAAGAACGGCUCCGAGAUGCUGAUUGGCGCCCCCGGCAUCUACAACUGGAAGGGUUCAGUGGUCCGCGUGUCGGGAGUCAUCGACGCCGACUUCGGCCCCGAUCAGCAGCGGCGUCGGCGUCGGCGCCGGCAGCUCGAUCCCUCACUCGAGCUCAGCGAGUUCCACGUGCCCAACCCCUACCAUAUCAACACCGUCAACGAGAACGACUACUUCGGGUACUCGGUGAGCUCUGGUGAGUUUCUCGGGGACGGGCAGACGUAUUACGUCGCUGGAGCGCCACGCGCCGCCUACGGCAAAGGAAAGGUCUUCGUCUUCGACUUCCCGCUGAACGACUUGGAGGGCAUCAGCAUCGUGCUGGAGCGGACGGGCGACCAGGUGGGAGAAUACUUCGGCGGCGCCGUGCUCGGCCUGGACGUGUCCGGCGACGGGCGGCCGGAGCUGCUGGUGGGCGCGCCGUUGCACUCCACGAGUGCCGGGACGCGCGGCGCCGCACCGGCCGGCCUCGAGGAGGGCCGCGUCUGCGUGUACCCGAACCUGGGCCGCGGCCGGGUCGGCGAGCAGCCGCUCGUGCUGACCGGAGACCGGGCCAGCCGCGGCCGGUUCGGCUCGGCGCUGGCCAGCGUCGGUGACCUCGACCUGGACGGCUACAACGACCUCGCGAUCGGCGCGCCGUAUGAGGAGGAUCAGCGUGGCGCCAUCUACAUCUACCUGGGCGGCGCCAGCGGACUCAGCCCCACCUACAGCCAGAAGAUCGUGGCCUCGGAGCUGAGCGGCGCGCUCCGAGGCUUUGGCGUCAGCAUCUCUCACGGACUGGACGUGGAUGACAACAGAUACUCAGACGUGGCGGUCGGCUCGUACCUGAGCGGCGAGGCGGUGCUGCUGCGCGCGCAGCCGGUGUUGCGCUUCCACGCUGACCUCCGGCCCAGCACCGACAAGCUGCAGCCCACCGACAAACAGUUCCAGGUCCGCGCCUGUCUCAAGUACUUCGGCCGCUACCUGCCCGACCGCAUCACCGCCCAGGUUCAGAUGAAGAUCGAGUCGCUGCACGUAGUGUGCGCCUUCGACCUGUCGGGCGGGUCACGCGAUAACUUCACCUACACACGCUCGUUGACCUACGACGGCUACAGCUGCGACGACUUCACCGUACUGAUAAAGUCGGAGAUCCACGACUACACCCAGCCGAUCCAGCUGAGCAUGAGUUACAACCUGUCGUCGGACGACAGCGCCGUGGCCGGCCACACCCACCCGACGCAACCCGUUUUCAUCACCACAGACGUGUCGAAGCGGGCCGAGCGGCGCGGCCGCCGACAGCUCUCGCCGUUCCUGGACGGGGACCUGACCGAGUUCUGCGCCACCUGCCCCGUGGUGAACGCGCGCGCCGCCGGCCAGACCCAGGUGACCGCCAGCGUGCCCUUCUCGAUCGGCUGCGGCGCCGACGCCGUCUGCCAGUCGGACCUGUCCGUCAGCGCAUCGGUGCCCGGCCUGAAGGACGGUCGGUUCGUCAUCGGCGCCUCGCCCACCAUCGACCUGGACGUGGACGUGACGAACGUCGGCGAGCCGGCCUCGCUGCCCAGUGUGCAGGUGACGCUGCCGCGGCCCAUCCGGCUGGUGCGCGUGCCGCAGCUCUGCUCGGAGCGCGAGAAGGCUGACCACGUGCUGCUGACGUGCCACGUGCGGCCGCACCCGUUCCCGGCGGGCGCCGACGGCCGGCUGCGGCUGUCGCUGGACGUGGACGAGCUGGCGCCUGGCACUGAGAGCGUCACCGUCGGCCUCAACGCCAGCUCGUCCGGCGAGGAGGUCGCGCCUGACGACAACGUGUUCAACUUCACGCUCGGCCUGCGCACCGAGGCCGACAUCGCCGUCACGGGUCAGCCGAUGGAGGAGCCGCCGCUCUACUACGACAAAAAAGAGGACCGCGACGAGUCGGAGCGCAACGACCCCAAUUACGUCAUCAUCAGCCACCGGUACCAGGUGAUCCGCUACCUGCCGUCGCCGGUGGACGCCGUCAACGUCAGCUUCCUGGUGCCGGUGAACGUGACGACAGCGGACGGCUCGCAGCUCCGCUUCCUCGACCUGUACCGGCCCAAGGCGACGCUGGACGGCCGCCAGCUGGCGUGCAGCAUCGAGACCGGCUACUACCUGGCGUCGGACGGCAGCAGCUACGUGGAGGCUCCGCGCACCUGGCGGCGGCGCUACCAGCUGACGGACGAGCAGCGCCACCUGCUGGCCGACACCGAGUACCACUACGAGGGCAACGUCACCACCGUGCUCAACUGCACGCAGCCGUUCGUCUCGUGCGUGCGGCUCGAGUGCCCGACGGUGGCCUUCCCCCGGCGGCAGACGAGCCUGGUGGUGACGCUCUCCAUGCGGGUUAAGAUCCACGAGCUCGAGCCGUACGUGGGCCCGCGCAACAGGUUGGUGAUCUCGACGGUGGGCCUAGCGGACGUGGGCGCCGUGCCAUACCAACUGCAGCCGGCCGACGACAGGCCCGACCUGCACCAGGUGCACACGGUGCUGCUUCCCUCCUCGCUGCAGCCGUUCCCCGUCUGGGUGAUCGUGGUGGCCGUACUCGGCGCCCUUCUGCUGCUCGCCGCCAUCACCUUCGGCCUCUAUAAGGCCGGGUUCUUCAAGCGACGACGACCGGAGGGCGUGUAGCGACGUGCGGCGCGACAGUGGUGCCCUCGCUCUGAAGGGCCGCCUCCUGCCUGAUCUCGCAGCACGCGGCGCCGCCGGCCGCCGCGCCGGGCCCGCGCCCGGACUGUGCCAUGGAGAGGCCGCGGCGCGGCGUGGCGCGCUUUCUAGUCAGGGACUGCGGCGGCGCGGGCCGCGGCCGGCCGACCGCGUGCGCCGGGAGCGACGGAGAGCGCAGAUACAAGCUGUGAACCCGUCCGAGACGCGACGGCCGCCCCAAUCCCGGUCUGCUCGCGGCGGCGUGACGUGACGUGACGUGACGUGACGUGACGCCCAUAGAGCCAUGUGAUGAACGGUGCUACCAACACUGGUGCAACGCGGGCCAUCUACUGGGGUGGUUGUCGGUGUGAAAUGUGUCCCAUGCGACUUUGGGAACUGUUAGAUGUAGGCAUUACUAAUUUUAUACGAAUAGUGCCUAUGCGAUAAGUGUUGCCUACGGAUGUUGGUCGUGCAAGGACGAUAAUAACAUGGUGUGGAUAUGCUGACCAGUGAGUGAAUCGCUUGAAGUUGGAAUAUAUGGUUGACUGAAUGUUAA